AACAGGGCGGACUGAGGGAUAACGGUACCGUACUGUCACAUUGUGUUGUCGGGGGGGGGAUAACAGCGUCGGUGGUGGUGGUGGAGAGGCUGUCUGAAGGAGGCGGUGGCUGUGCGGCUGUCACGGAGAGAAGAAGCGUCCGGCGGCUAUCACAACUAAUUCAUUGUCACUCCAGACCGGUGGUGGACUCACGGCUGCAACUGCUAAUUCUGACGGGUGGUGUUUUGAGGAGUGACAGGAGGCGACAUGGUGGACUACUACACCAUCCUGGGAGUGCCCAGAACAGCCUCCCAGGAUGACAUCAAGAAGGCGUACAGGAAACUGGCUCUGAAAUGGCAUCCUGACAAAAAUCCAGACAACAAGGACGAGGCAGAGCGAAAGUUCAAAGAACUUGCCGAGGCCUAUGAAGUCUUGUCUGACAAGAGCAAACGUGAUGAAUAUGACAGAUAUGGGAAUGACAGAAUGCGACACACAGGUUCCUCCACCUCAGACUUUUCAUCAGAUUUCCCAGGAUUCACCUUCACAUUCCGCAACCCAGACGAGGUGUUCAGAGAGUUUUUUGGUGGACAGGAUCCCUUUGCUAGCUUCUUUGAUGAUUUCUCGUCUUUCGGGAGCUCAUCUCACCAUGGCCCCAGCCGAUUCUUCUCUUUUCCUUCAACAGGAGUUGACUUUACGUCUUUCUCCUCUUCCUUCGGCGGUCUGGACGGCAUGGACGGCAUGGGUGGAGGGAUGAGCAAUUUCAAAUCAGUUUCUACUUCGACUCGCAUCGUAAAUGGCAAACGCACCACCACCAAAAAGAUAAAGGAGAACGGGCAGGAAAGAGUAGAGAUUGAAGAGGACGGGGUGUUAAAGAGUGUUCUAAUUAAUGGUGUGGAAGAUGAAAUGGCCCUUGCUCUGGAGCUGAGCCGGCGAGAGGGACAGACCCAUCAGUCUCCUCACAAGCCCCGAAUCCAGAACAGAUCACCUGCCGAGCCUGACAGAUCCCGCCCAAGCCCUCACUCUGCAGCCACACACCGGUCGUUUAGCUCUGCUCCUUUCUACAACUACGGCGUUUCGGGAGGCAGCGAGGAAGACGAGGACGAUGAAGACCUGCAGAUGGCUUUGGCAUGCAGCCUGUCAGAAAUGGAAGCCCAGCAGAGAGCUGCAGCUACUGACUUCAUAUCAGACUCAGACUUCGAGGCCUUCACAAGCUAACCCGAUUGGCUCAUGCUGCUCUGUGCCCUAGCCCUGCCCGGAGGUCAAUUCCCCCACGAUGCACUUUUCUCUCUCUCUCUGCCCACCAAGGCUCCUACCUGCUGAAUGACACUUAAAAAGAAAAAAGGCGUGUGUAAAAAGACGUGUAUUUAAUCUGUAUGUGCGAGUGUGUGCGAGUGUGUAGAAAACUGUGGAGCGAAAGACUGGAAUUUUUGUACAUUGAAACCCAAGGACAUAGUUCUAACCAUCUCUGCGUUAAACAGCAAUGUUUUUGUUCAGUUUUAACUAACGUUCUGGAAAAAACAGCUGCACAAUAUGUAAUUAUUAUUGUACACAGAGUGUUAAAUUGCUACACUGGAGGAACAAAUAUUGCUGCUAGUUAAAAAAAAAAGGGUGCACAAGGAAAAAAAAAAAAAAGUCUUCUGAAAAACAUAAAGCAGAGAAAAUAAAGUAUUUCCCGCUGACUACUCCCAGCCAGUCUGUGGUAGUUUAUCGCUGCAAAAAGGAGAGUUAAUAUCAAAAAGUUGACAAUAAAAAAAAUAACUAUCUUGA